CGCGUUUCCGGCCCAGCAUACUUCGUACCAGCGACGUGUGAAUAGGGGUGGCCAUGCACUGUUAAGAGGGGAAGGCCUUACUCAAUCUAUUUGUUUUAUCUUUUUCGUAUCCUCCCACGCAUUCGACAUCGCCACAGUUGUAUUUUAUCUGUAUCGAUGGACAGCUUGCGAUUUUUCUAAGCUUUUUAGUGUCGAGUAAAACACCGGGACGCCCCUCUCUUUUUGUUUGUCGGUCGUAACGUCCGAACGUCCAGCUGAUUGCUUCGAGUGCCGUUCAAUUAUUCCAGUUCAAACUAAGCCGUUUUGUUUGACUUAACGGAAGGAUUUUGUGGCCGAAACGGGCCGAGUUCGCCCCCCUUUUUCACCGACUUGUGGACUUUAAAACAAAGAGGACAUUUAUCUUUUUGUUUAACUUGAGUGUUGGAUCGUUUUUCUCAUUGAACGACCAGGCCCCGGACUCAUCCCCAGCCUCGCGUUUCCAUAUCGGUUUUUGUUGGAAGUCAUGGGAGACACUAGUGAACGAAGCAAACCCCCGAGUCUACCUCCCCGGUGUCCCUGUGGAUUUUGGGGGCUGGGUCACUGUGCAGCCAUGACUGAAACAGGUGACUGACAAAGAACUCUGGGCUUUUGCAGGACCUAACUCUGUCCAGUAAAACCAUGAAUCUCUGCUCCAAAUGUUUUGCUGACAUCGAAAAGAAGCAGCCAGGGGAGGACUGCACCACCAAGCCUAUCCAAAGCACUGGGAGUAGCCAAUCACCAGUUUUUAGUAGCGAGACGAGCAGUAGCAGUAGCCAAUCCCUUUUGUCAUCGCCGCCCUCUAGCUCCGAGCAGCCGUCAGCCGAAGAGCCCUCGCCCACGUUGCCCAGCACGAGGGAAGGCAUGUCGUCCACAGAAACAGCCCAAGGCACACUCUGCACACCCACAAAACGUCCACGAGAAUCAGCGUCGGCCUCAGAGAGUGAGGCGACGCCAGAGAAACGGCCACGGACAGACGAGAAGGAGGGGAGCAGCGAGGCCCGCGGGACGCCCAAGCAGAAGAAUCGCCGGCGCUGCUAUCGCUGCCAAACCAAACUAGAGCUGGUGCAGCAGGAACUGGGCUCCUGUCGCUGUGGCUAUGUAUUCUGCAUGCUUCACCGUCUACCCGAGCAGCACGACUGUCUGUUCGACCAUCUGGGCCGCGGGCGCGAGGAGGCCGUCCUCAAGAUGGUGAAGCUGGACCGCAAGGUGGGCCGCUCGUGCCAACGCAUCGGGGAAGAGUGCUCCUGAUUGGCCACACCGUGACCAGCCAUCCAGUUAGAGAUGAGGCGCUUACAAAGAGGAGGAGGAGGUGGAAGGAGAGCUGGGAGGAAUGACAAAUGGGGGGAGGGGGGAGGGGGGGAGAAGAAGAAGAAGAGGAGGAGGGGAGGGAACAUGGUUGUAACAUCCUGCAUCUGACCUGACAAUUCUGGAUCUGAGCUUGACGCCACCCUGUUGAUGUCCUGAUUUCCUGCGUGGAGCGUCUGUUUGGACGAGGCUCUGGACGAGGCCGCUCGGGGCCAACAGGGGCCCUGGUGGCUGUUCUGCGGAGCCACGUUCAGUAUCGCAUGUUCACACACACAGCCUUAACCCAACCCCCAGUCUUCAGAGGAAGGAUGCCGCAGAGACGGAUCCAGCCUGUCGUACAUCAUGCACAGCUCCGCUGUUUCUCGCCACGGUUUCCUCCUCUUUGCUCACGCUCCUUUUAUUCAGUACAGGAAGUUGUGGAAGAUGAACUGUUGUAGCGUUCAGCUGAACUGAUCCAUUUGGAUUCUCAUUCGACAAAGUUUUUGUUUUUGUUUUUUUUUUCCAUUUCUUGGUCGCGGGUGAGGGGUCCAGCUCUAUCCCACGGCCACUCCUCAGGUCGUCAUCAAGGGGUUGGAGUAUCAAACCUGUAACCCUGCCUUCCUCCUUCUUUUUUUCUUCCACCGACGUUAAGGUCCAUGUGUGAUGCUGCACUAACCAUGUUUUGCUCGUGCAUGGUACCAGCAACAGUGUAUUUGUGCAGGUUUGAGUGUGGUAAUGUGAGGCAGUCCAAGGAUGCUGUCAUAGUUUGAUUUGAUUUUUCUUUUUUUCCCCCUGUGUGGCCGUCAUGGUGAUUAGCUCUGUUUUUACUGCUUAACCACGGUGUCGUGGAGGACAAUACAGCCAAUCCCUGCCUCUGCUCACAUGGACUGUUGACAAAAAGAAAAAUACAAAUAAAUAUAAAAAAAUAAAAACCACACUAAUGGACAAAAAGUCACUUGGAUAAAUCCUCUGUGUAGCAGAUCCUCUUCUCCCUCUUACCCUCCCCUUUUUCAAUUUACUGAGUCGUACUGUUGUUUUACCUAAAGGGGAAUACGACUGAAUUUUUGUAUUCAAAUGAAGAGUUCUUCGCCAAAUCGCCAUGUAUUCAUUUAUAAAAAAGAAAUAACCGAAGUUCAUCACUGAGUGUCUCUAUAGUUGUAGACGAUCAGUCAAGAGUGCUAAACUGAAUACUAAUUACUUACUACCCUUUAAAUCGUUCUAUAAUUUAUUUUGUGGGUAGGAUUAGGUCAUUUAAUUUUCAGGUCGGGAAUAUCUGUUUGGAACCUAAUUCUUAAAAUGUAAUAAUUUCGUUGUUUUUUUACGCCCAGGGCGUAAUUUCUGCUAGUGAGCUUUCACUAAAUCAAAGAGAGAUGGGUUUGUCCCACAGUUUAAAUCAGUGAUGUCAUAUUGAUACACAGCACAAGUGAAAAUUGAUGUUAAGGCUGAGAAAUUAACCAAAAGCUGGUUAACUUGGAGACGUUAUACACCUAAAGCAAAAAUGAAAAACAAGGUUGGGAAGAUAACACCAGCCAAACGUUGAUACGUUUUGAAUAUGGCUGGACUCUUAACUCGCCACGUCAGCAGAGUGAUCAACCAUGAUUGGUUCUCUUCAGUUCAGUUUUGCUAUUAAUUAACCUCAUUCAGGUGUAUGUAGGUGUAAGAUGAAACGUGAACCCAAGACUCCCAGCGGUCCAUCGUGUAUUUUUUUUUCUUUUUUUUUCUGUCUGACCCUGUCGAGGUUGUACAUCUCUUGACAUCACAGAUUCAAACCGUCGCUCUUUAGUGUCUAAUGACGCCUCUGCUGGUUUUGGCUGCAGAAAGAACGUGGAUUCUUAAAUUGAGUGGUUUCCCCUUUCCUCAUACGUUUUUGUUUUGUCAUUGUUUCCGACCCUGCUCUUAAUCAGCCUACACAGUCUGACUGCUUGGACUUUGUGCUGUGCAUAUUGUUCAGUUACACACCUCUCUUCCUCCUUCUCCUAAAGGGGUGUUUUACCAAAAUCAACUUUUUUGUUUGUGACGUUGCAGAGGCUGACUUAUUUUCUUCAAAUUAAAAUUUUUGUUGUUUGUUUGGCAUUUAGCACACAUUGUAGGUGCAUUAAAAGUAUAAGUUGUGAUUUGUUCAGUACAGGUACGGAAUCUCCAUAAAACGUACUUUGCAGCAUCACAGGAAGUGCAAUUUGAUGAUUUUGAAUUGUAUGUGGCUGUUUUUCCAAUUUAGAGAAGUAACGGAUACGAAGCAGUAGAUUUCCUUAAAUGGCAAGAAAAUCAGAAAGCGUCCUUUUUUGCAAAUGAACAUCGAAAAAGUUGAUUCAGGUGGAGAGCCCUUAUAACCACACACCACUUAACUAUGCUAAUCCUCAUGCACAAAUUAUUGUUUCUUCCCUCCCUCACCUCUCCCCACCCCUCUUGUCUUUUCCAAUGAGAACACAGCUCAUAAAGGGAGCUUGGAGAAAUGUCGUGGCUGGUUCUUAUUUUGAUAUUUUGAAAAACGUGUUCCUUUUUUGAGUGCUAAUGAGAAAUGGAAGAAAUGGAAUAUGUUUCUGUACCUUUUUAGAGAAAAAAAUUAUUUAACCUUAUAUCAGUUUGAGUUACUUACACCCUAGCAUAGAGUGGCAUAUUUAGUUAAAUGUAUAAAAAAGCAAGAACAUAAUUCUGUCCUAUUUUCUCCUUUAAUUUUAUCGUGUUCCAAUUUCUGCUGAGGAAAAUAAACUGGAUUAGAGGA